AUGACAGAACAAACAGCAGUGUGUCCACAUCGUGACAAAACUGCCAAUAUGCCAUCUACUCAUAAGGACUUAGUAGAAACUGCUAGUGACCAAACCAAUCAGCCACCGAUAAUGCCAGAUUUGCCGCAAUGUAGUAAUGUCAAAAAAAAUUUCACCAACAUAUCUGAGAAUAUUAAGGACGCGUUUACAAAAUGGAUAGUGGGACACUCAUUUCUGCCUCCCGACCGCGUUUUUGGCAGAACAGAAAAAGAAUUUCGAAAACGAGACACAAUAUUGGAACCUUGUGAGUAUAUAAAUAUAAUAAAAGAAAAUGCUACUAUAAUUGAAGUCGGAAAAGAUUGUCUCGUCCAAGAUUGGAAGGAAGCUGUUAAGAAGAUCAUAAAAACACCCGUAAUUAAGGGCGAAAUAAAUUAUAUGAUUGACACGGGAGUUUUCAGAAGUGUUUGUAAAAAAAAUAAAAGAACAUCCGAAAUUGAUGCCCAAAAUAUGCAAACUACAGGAAUCAUAAAAUCAGCAAAAGUCAAAGAUGUCAAUAAACUAUUAACAUCUCAUUUCGGCGAUUCCUGGAGAACAUUUCCAAUUUUAUGCUUUUAUGACAAAUUAAUACCACAAAAUGUAGAAGCAGAUGUCGAUCAACAAGAAGAUGAAGAAAAUAUCUGCGAAGAAAAUGUUGACCUACCUGAUGUUCGAAUUUAA